CCCUGAGUUCCUUGGGAGAGGUUUGAAGGAGGUUAGUGAGCAAGUGGGAGCUUAACCAGGUUUCUUAGCUCUGAGGGUAUGGCAGAGUUAAUCAGAGUGCUGGUCCCUCCCUUUCUGGAACUGGUUGGACAGCUUUCCUGGAACUCUAGCUGGGACACUCCUUCUUUCCACUCACAACCUGGAUAGUCUCCCUGCUGCUCUUUUUCCUCUUCCUCCUUCCUUUCAGCUGGGUUUGUCUGUAAAUCCGCAUCUAGCAUAUGAAGGGACCCCCUUUUCUUUUGGCAUUGCUGUUGCAACCUGCACUUCGGGAUCCUUCUUUCCUCAAGUUGGAACGGUUCCCCAACUCCUCUCAGGGAAGGGCACCCAUUCAGCAGCACCAAUCCCAUGGUCUCCUCGGGACUGGGCCGUUGCCGGCUGGCCCUGGCGUUUGCGGUGUUCAUGGACGCUGCAGGCACCGGGGCACUGCUGACGGGCAUCUUCGCUAGACUGAGGCUGCGAGGUCAAGACUUUGGGGACCUCUUAAUCUACUCGGGCGCGGUGCUGGUGUUCCUGAGUCUGCUGGGCUGGAUUAUGUGGUAUACGGGUAAUAUUGAGAUAGCCCCCGAAGAACUGACGAGGGAUUAUCGCGCCAAGGGAGGCACGCUAGCACGGCUUGCCAGGAAGAUCUCACGGACCUGGUCACGACGCCAAGGUGGCGGGCUGGCCAUGAGGACCGUUUCAAGCAGCCGAGAAGCAGCCUAGAGGAUGGACUAAGUUGGACAGUGUUCUUCUAAAACUGGACCUGCCUAAGAAAAGGACGUGACUCUUCAUUCAUUGCCCUGGAACUCCUGCCCAUAUCCAUCUAGUAUCCUGUGAUACUAGUGUCGUACAGUAUCGUGUGAAUUUUGCUUUCCAUGUUUUUGAAAAUAUAUAUUAGGAUUUUUUUCAG